CCUCUACAAUCAUAUCCUAGCAAGGCGAAGCAGAUUUUGGCCGAACAUACGAUUAUUGUCGUUAUCGCUAACGCCUGCAUAGUUCUGAAAUAGAAUGUUACUCGACUUAUCUUUAAAUAUUUUUAGUUUAUUACAAUUCGCUAUUUUUGUUGUUCCGUCCAUCUAUAAUUUAACAUUAUUUUGAGGUAGCAGUUCUAGUAUCUUAUAUCGAACCUUUAUAUCGAACUCCAAAUUUUGAUGGAGAUCAAUAUUUUCAACAAAAAGACCUCGUCUCCUUUUAAUGUUUAAAGAUUUAUCUUGCGGUCAUAAUAUUUUGACAUCAUUUUUUGACAUCUUUUUGGUUCUCCUAAGAUUCCAUCGCGCUACCUCUUGCAUAUAAUUAAUCUUAACUAACUUGAUAUAGUACUCUAGAGAUGUUUGGUACAUGCUUUCUUCUAAGAAUGGAUCUGACGUCGGUAUUCGAGUUAUCCUCCCGAAAGCAAGUUCGUGAGGCAAGAAGCGUGUUUUUUCGUGAAUGCUGGUAUUAUAAGAGAACAAUCCAGCCAUUCAUCCCAUUCUUUUUCUCUAUUUGUAAAUUGUUUAAAAUAUUUCAUUAAUACGUGUUGUGAUCUUCUGAUCGACCCAUUAGAUUGCGGAUAAAAUGUUGUUGUUUUAUAUAGCUUAAUUCGUAACUUCCUCGCUAUUGCUUUUAUCAGUGAAUUUAGGAAGUUGUUGGUUUGAUCUGUAAGAAUAUAGCGCGAUGACUCGAAUUUGUAUAUUAACACUUUCGACAAUUUUUGGUUUAUAAUGGCAAGAAAACUACAAUUCGCAUUUAAAUUGUGGCAUCACCAAGCGACAGAAAGACAAAUGUGAUAGCUAUGACCUCUAUCACAACUGAGAACAAUAAAAAAUAUAUGUUGCCAGAAAAUGAAAAAUUUGCAAGUAACCACAACGAACUAACAAAAACAGAAAGCUAUAAGAGAAUGAAAAAAAGCCUCAAUCAAAGAGGGCAAGAAAGAAAAAUAUGGAUUAAAUGCACACAGGAAAUGGACAGUACGUAUUUUGAUGAAGAUGACAAUAUAAUGUUUUAUGAUCUAUAUCUAGAAAAAAUAGUAGAACUCACACAGAAGAAAGAAUACCAAAUAGAUUUAAAGUGUAUAUCAGAAAAAUUCAUGAUUGAAAAAUUUGUAUGUAAACACUCAAAUGCAGAACAAUGGUUAGAGACAUUUGAAAAAGAAUGUCGAAGAUUCGAAAUUAAAGAAGAUAACACGAAAAUUGAGAUUUUAAGAUUAUUUCUUGACAGGGCAUGUUUAGACUGGCACUCAGCAACACUAACAGCAUUGACAAGGGCGGCUGGUUGGAACGAAUGGAAACAGAAAUUUUUGAAAUCAUUUGCAGACAAGGGAUGGAGUACAAGUAUAUACACUAUAUCCUACAGAUAUAAAGAAGGUUCACUAAUAGAGUACGCUAUGAGGAAAGAAAAACUUCUACUGGACAUGAACAACAAUAUCAGUACAAAGACUCUGAUGAUGUUUAUAGCAGCAGGAUUAUCAGAAUUCAUAAGAGAUAAAAUAGAUAGAGAAAAUUGUCAAAGCCCAACAGAAUUACUACAAGAAAUAAAAAAAUGUGAAAAUCUAGUAAGUAAGAACAGUUUUACAAAAAAGAAAGAGGAAAGACAAGAUAAUAAGAAGAAAUUUGAAGAAAAGAAACCAUAUAAGAAUUGUGAAAAACUAAACAAAGAUAUUAGAUAUCAUUCAGAGGAUUCCUGUUGGUUCAAAUAGGAAAAUAGAAAGGAAACCAAAAUAAAUGGAAACAAUUCGAUGAUAGAAGUAGAUAUAUGCAGGGGACAAAAAAAACGAAUAACCACACCAUUGAUCAAAGUAAAGAUAGUAUUAUAAGAGAAGUUAGAGGUAAACGGAACAUAUGACCCAGGUUCCCAAGUCUCUCUAAUAAAUUCGAGACUAGUCAAAAUAAAAAAAAGA